GAAACCUUGGUCGGCCUUGCUUCUCGUCCAGUUGUUCUUUUCCUCAUAAAUAGCCAGCGACCUCUGUGCCGUGGCUACACGGCUUCGUUUUCAGGAGGACAUCCUGCCUUCAUAUCCAUUUUUCUCCGUUCCUGGGUUAGUCUGGCCGGCAAUUCACCAAGAGUAGCGCCGCUAGACUCACCAUUGUCACCAACUCUCGUCGAAGCUCUUUCCGAAGCUCCUCUACUUGUGACAGAUAGUAUUAUUCGAAUUCACAAUGUCCUCUCCACAGCAGGUUUAUCUGCUGCCUCUGAAGGAUGAUGGGUCGCCCGAUGUUCCUGGAGGAUACCUCUACCUCCCUUCUCCCACGGACCCGCCAUAUUUGCUUCGCUUUGUCAUUGAAGGCAGCAGCUCAAUCUGUAGAGAGGGUGCUUUAUGGGUCAACAUCCCCGAGAAGGGUGAAUCUUUCGAUCGGUCUGCUUUUCGGAGCUUUAGCCUAUCCCCGGAUUUCAACAAGAACAUUCAGAUUGAUGUCCCCAUCACCUCUGCGGGUUCCUUCGCCUUCUAUGUGACCUUCUCCCCGCUUCCUGAGUUCUCCGUCCUAUCAACACCCACCCCAGAGCCAACGAGGACUCCAACCCACUAUAUCGAUGUCUCACCCAAGUUGACUCUUCGCGGUCAAGAUCUUCCACUCAAUGCUCUUUCUAUAUACUCUGUGAUUUCAAAGUUUAUGGGACAGUAUCCCAAGGACUGGGAGAAGCACCUCAACGGCAUUAGCCAACGUAAUUACAAUAUGGUUCAUUUCACGCCCCUGAUGAAGCGCGGAGCUUCGAACUCACCUUAUAGCAUCUUUGAUCAGCUGCAAUUUGAUGACGCCGUGUUCCCCAAUGGUGAAGACGAUGUUGCGCGUCUUGUUUCUAAGAUGGAGGAUGAAUAUGGGCUUUUGUCGCUUACGGACGUUGUAUGGAACCACACUGCCCAUAACAGCAAAUGGCUGGAGGAACAUCCAGAAGCGGGUUACAGUGUCGAAACCGCCCCAUGGCUUGAGGCAGCUCUGGAGCUGGACACUGCACUGCUGAAAUUCGGCCAAGAACUCUCCACUCUUGGGCUGCCCACCGAGUUUCAAACUGUGGACGAAUUGAUGAAAGUCAUGAAUGCUAUGCGGGACAAAGUCAUUUCUGGAAUACGACUAUGGGAGUUCUAUGCCAUUGAUGUGAAGGCUGACACACAGAGAAUACUUGAUCAAUGGAAAACAUCCAAAGACCUUGAUCUAACUGACAAGAAAUGGGCGCAACUCAACCUUUCAGACUACAAGAACUGGACUUUGAAACAACAAGCAACUUUCAUUCGAGAACACGCUAUACCCACCUCGAAGCAGGUCUUGGGGCGGUUCAGCAGAGCUGUUGAUUUGCAAUUUGGGGCAGCUAUACUGACAGCCCUUUUUGGUCCGCACGAUCCUCCGACAUCUGACACUAAUACAGUCGAGGAGAGUCUGUCCAGGAUACUUGACGAGGUCAAUCUUCCAUUCUAUGAGGAGUACGAUGGAGACGUCUCGGAGAUUAUGAAUCAAGUCUUCAAUCGGAUAAAGUAUCUCAGGAUUGACGACCAUGGUCCCAAGCUCGGCGCCGUCACGGCACAAAGCCCUUUAAUUGAAACGUACUUCACGAGGCUGCCUCUGAACGAUGUUACCAAGAAGCACAAGAAAGGGGCGCUGGCUCUGGUGAAUAACGGCUGGAUAUGGAACGCUGAUGCUCUGAGGGACAAUGCGGGGCCCGACUCUAGGGCUUAUCUGCGACGUGAAGUAAUCGUCUGGGGCGAUUGCGUGAAGCUGAGAUAUGGCAGUUGUCGUGACGACAAUCCUUUCCUCUGGGAUUUCAUGACAGACUACACUCGUCUUAUGGCCAAAUAUUUCUCAGGAUUUCGCAUUGACAAUUGCCAUUCGACACCAUUGGUGGUUGCCGAGUACCUGCUAGAUGAGGCACGCAAAGUUCGACCCAAUCUAACCGUUUUCGCGGAACUAUUCACUGGCUCGGAGGAAGCUGACUAUAUAUUUGUCAAACGUCUCGGCAUAAAUGCGCUCAUCCGUGAAGCCAUGCAGGCCUGGAGUACAGGGGAAUUGAGCCGUCUUGUUCACCGUCAUGGCGGACGUCCGAUUGGUAGUUUCGAUCUUGACUUGCCUUCUUCAGGUAGUAGUCAUGCGAUUGCUUCUUCUGGUCUUGACUCCGGCAAAGAGAAAGUUGCUCAUAUCCGACCUACACCAGUUCAGGCCUUAUUCAUGGAUUGCACCCAUGACAACGAGAUGCCUGCGCAGAAGAGAACCGCAAAAGAUACUUUACCAAAUGGCGCUCUGGUGGCCAUGUGUGCCUCAGCCAUUGGCAGCGUCAUCGGCUACGAUGAAGUAUAUCCCCGGCUUGUCGAUCUCGUUCAUGAACAUCGGCUAUACUUUUCUGAAUUUUCAGAAGCCCCCGAGACUGGGUUAAACUCUCUUGAGGGGGGAAUAGGAGGCAUCAAAAAACUACUCAAUGACCUUCAUACUAGAAUGGGUGUUGAAGGGUACGAUGAAACGCACAUCCAUCAUGACGGCGAGUAUAUCACAGUGCACAGGGUGCAUCCUAGAACACGGAAGGGUGUUUUUUUGAUUGCACAUACAGCCUUUCCUGAUCAAGACGGAAAUUCGGUUCUGGCGCCCACACAUCUUGUCGGUACUCAUGUCAAGCAUAUCGGGACGUGGCUCUUAGAAGUUGAUGCAAGCCAAACUACUAAGGAGCGGAUACAAGCAGACAAAUCCUAUCUACGAGGCCUGCCGAGCCAAGUUAAAACGUUUGAAGGUACCAAGAUCGAGGAGUCUGGCAAAGAUACCAUCAUAUCUGUUUUGGAUUCUUUUGUUGCCGGGUCUAUUGCCUUGUUUGAAACAUCCAUGCCGAGUGUUGAACAUGCAAGUGGACUGGACAAUUAUAUCACCGAAGGCGUGGAUCAUGCAUUCUCAGAUCUCAGCUUAGUUGAUCUGAACUUCGCGCUUUACCGCUGCGAAGCAGAGGAGAGAGACUCGAGUAAGGGCCAGGACGGGGUCUACGACAUCCCCGGCCAUGGGCCUUUGGUCUAUGCCGGUCUACAGGGGUGGUGGAGCGUCCUUGAGAACAUCAUCAAAUACAACGAACUCGGCCACCCACUGUGUGAUCACCUGCGAAAUGGACAGUGGGCUUUGGACUAUAUUGUGGCUCGCCUGGAAAAGCUGGGCCAGACGGACGAACACACUGCCCUUGGCAGGCCAGCUGCAUGGCUUCGGGAAAAGUUUCAAGCCGUCCGUCAGCUGCCAAGUUUCCUUUUACCCCGGUACUUUGCAAUAAUCGUUCAGGUUGCCUACAAUGCUGCCUGGAAGCGAGGAAUUCAACUUCUGGGACCGCACAUACAGAAAGGGCAAGAGUUCAUUCAUCAGUUAGGUAUGGUGAGUGUCCAACAAACUGGAUAUGUGAAUUCAGCGUCUUUGUGGCCCACGAAGAAGGUACCCAGUCUUGCAGCUGGUCUACCACAUUUCGCGGUAGACUGGGCAAGGUGUUGGGGUCGCGACGUGUUCAUUUCACUCAGAGGCCUCCUUCUGUGCACAAGUCGCUUUGAGGAUGCCAAAGAGCAUAUAACUGCGUUUGCGAGCGUAUUGAAGCAUGGCAUGAUCCCGAAUCUUUUGAGCAGUGGGAAGCUCCCGCGCUACAAUUCUCGGGAUUCUGUUUGGUUCUUCCUGCAAUCCAUCCAGGAUUACACUAAAAUGGCACCAGAUGGUUUGAGGCUUCUAGAUCAUAAGGUUCCCAGGCGUUUCCUACCAUACGAUGAUGUAUGGUUCCCGUAUGAUGACCCUAGGGCCUACUCGCAAAAUUCGACUAUUUCCGAAAUAAUUCAGGAGGUCUUCCAGCGACAUGCACAAGGACUCUCCUUCCGGGAAUACAACGCGGGACCUGACCUUGACAUGCAAAUGACACAGGCUGGUUUUCAGAUUGAUGUCAAAGUCGACUGGGAAACAGGACUGAUAUUCGGUGGCAGUCAAUACAAUUGCGGGACAUGGCAGGACAAGAUGGGUGAGAGCGCGAAAGCUGGUAAUAAAGGCGUACCUGGUACGCCACGUGACGGGGCAGCCAUUGAGAUAACCGGGCUGAUGUACAGCGCCUUGACCUGGGUUGCUGAACUGCACGAGCAAGGCCUUUACAAACAUGAUGGAGUCGACAUUGGCGAUGGGGAAUCCAUCUCUUUCAAGGAGUGGGCGUCAAGAGUUCGGGCCAACUUCGAGCGCUGUUACUAUGUUCCUCUACAGCCAAAGGACGAUGGCCAGUACGACAUUGACGCAAACAUCAUUAAUAGACGGGGAAUUUACAAGGAUCUGUACAGGUCUGGUAAGCCAUACGAGGAUUAUCAGCUUCGUUCCAAUUUCCCUAUAGCCAUGACCGUCGCUCCAGACCUGUUCACUCCAUCCAAAGCACUCGCAGCUCUCGCUCUUGCCGACGAGGUUCUGGUAGGGCCGGUAGGAAUGGCAACCCUUGACCCUUCCGAUCUCAAUUACCGCCCUAACUACAAUAACUCGGAGGACUCAACCGACUUUGCAACUGCCAAAGGCAGAAAUUACCACCAAGGUCCUGAGUGGGUUUGGCAGCGCGGGUACUUCCUCCGCGCCUUUUUGCACUUCGACCUUGCUCGCAGGACGACGCCGGCAGAACGGACAGAGACUUACCAACAGAUUACUCGACGCCUGGAGGGUUGCAAACGGGCUUUGAGGGAAAGUCCAUGGAAGGGCCUUACCGAACUAACGAAUAAGAAUGGCGCACACUGUGCAGACUCCGUAUGUCUUGAAUACAUUUCUUUGCCCUCUAUUCAAUUCUCUGUCGUGCCGAUCAAUCUUGGCUAACCUUAUAUUUUUAUAGUCUCCGACCCAAGCAUGGUCAGCUGGAUGUCUGCUUGACUUGUAUUAUGAUGCAUCACGGCAUUCACAGAACUAGAUAAUGUAUUGUCCAUAUCAUUUCCAUCUGGCACUGGUCAACCUAAUCAUGAGCUCGGAGUACAUGUUUGUCGAACUUUAGAGAAUAGAAAGAUCUUAUUGUGC